AUGAAUGAUCGGAACAAACAUUCAAUUAGGAGUCCAGCGUGGAAAAAUCCCUGCGAUGUUAUUAAGAAAGGAAUUCGCAAGAACAGACGAGAAUUAUCAGUUUCAUCGUCAUCAUCAUUAAAACAAUUAUCCGUUGAUAAUGAGGCGGAUGAAAGAUUCUCGGUGCUUUCAACAAAGAAAUCGCAAGGAGCUGAUUCAGUUAUAAUAAAUCCGUUUCGACGCGUAUCUUGUAAAAGAUCAUUAAACCGAAAUACCUUGCCGGAGAAAAUCAUUGAUGAUAGAUGUGGUGUCUCAUCGACAGUUGUUGAUCUCAUAGCAGACAGUAAUGCGUUACUGGAAUUUCCAUCAAGUGUUUUCGACAAGGUGAAGAAAAUUUCCAUGCCUAAAGAUACAGAAGCUCGAAGCAGUACCUCCAUUAGCACUACCACUACUUCCACCACGGUAUCACUUCCAGUUGACUUCUCAAGUAUUGAUGAAUUCAGUUGUUCAACACCAAAAAAGAAAACUUUAAGAGUAGAAGAGUCAAAGACAAAAGUAGAUUCACUUCCAGUUGAUCUCCGACUUGGCCUUAAAUUACGCUUAGAAUCGUCGAAACGUUUCUUCUGGCUAGAAAAAUCAAAAGGAAUCGCAGCUUAUGACGAUGCAAUCAAGCUGUUUUGUUCGUUAGAGACUGGAGCUAAUGAAAUAGCUAUGGAAACAACUCAGAGAUCGGUGAGCGAUUUAUCUAAAUUUCUAGCCUGCACUCUUUAUUGGCAAUUUCCGGAUUUAGCGUGGCAACCAUCAUUUCCACGUUUGGAUAAUGACUCUCGAUUGAUAGGUGUGCGAAAUCCUGUUGUGCCAAGUUUACACACACUCGGUGAUCCAUUAGUUCAAGCGCUAACGAUGCAAUGGUUUUUAUCACUUGAACAACUCUAUCAUUCAUGGCGAUUUGGAACGCGACAAUACUUUUACGCUUGCUGUCCAACAUAUACGAUAUUAUUUUGGAAGACUCCAAAAGGCAUUGUUGAAAUGGAUGAGCAUUUGAGCAAAAGCGAUGAAAAAUAUAAUUUUCAGGUUGUUAUAACACCUACAACAUAUGGAUUCCGUCAACAGUUGCGAGAAGACGGUAUAAAAUAUUCGAUGCCACUUCGUCAUUCACGAUAUUCAUCAUCCAGGCAUUCUAUUCUAAAUGAUAAUAGUUUGCUGGGUACUACCCAGAGUCAGCCACCAUUAAUUUCUGAUAACAAGAAGGAGCAGUCAUGGGUAUCAUCAGACAGCUCACUUUCUGGAAAGCGUGACGAUUCCAUUCUAGUAAGCGACUCGAAGGAAAAUCAAGUUGAAAACGAUGGGGAAAGAAAAAACGAAAAAAAUGACAAGGGAAGCGAAAGUCCGGAUGACCUGAACAGCUCGAAUGAUACGGACAAUGAUGAAUGGCUGAGAGGAAUAGGUAUUUCUCCGAGGAAAACCCUAAAAAUUACGCGAAAUAAAUCAGUGAUGUCAAGUCAUUCACUCGAUUACGAACGUUCAUUCUCAUUGGAUCCAGAUUUUACAGAUGAAAAUAAGAAAAGUGCAAUUGUGUUAAAGGAUUUGGAUAGCAUUGCUGCUCUUUACAACAUGAUGACCACAUCGAACUUUGGGCGCGUUGCUACUGGGCCACAAGCUGGCUUUCCACCUACACUUUUGGCGAGACAACCAUUUCUAAACGCAGUGUUGAAAAAUUUGAAAUGUCAAUAUCGAGAUUUUACAAAGGAUGGUGCUGAUUUUUAUGUCUGUGAAUGGGAGAAUGGUCCUGUUAUGCCCCAUAUGAUUACAAUGCUGGAAAAUUUUCUUCGGCAUAAUUCAAAGUUAGACCAAGAAACCUCCAUCGUCGGUCAAAUAAGUGGCCGUUUCAAAUGUCCAGGAAUGAAUGACGCAGCUGGUCUUGAUGAAAUGGCAAAUUUUAGCAGUUUUGAAUUUCGUCUUGGCUCUUUCUUCAAACAGUAA